CCAGCUGUCACACAAAACAAAAAGGAAGACAAUUUUUAUUUACAGUGCAUUUCGCUCUUUAUCCUGCAGCAGCUAUGCUGCGAAUCACAAGCACAUACAUAACAAAUGCUCCCCUCCGAUCUGUUAACCUUUCGGCGUCAACAUCCACGAUGUCGCCCUACCAAUCAGCGCUAGUGCUAGCCGCCGCAUGACCCUAGCUGCAAGUUUCAGGCGUCGCGUCUACCAGGAAGGAGGGAGUUCAGCUUUCCCCUUUACAUACACUGUUUUUUAUUGAUGCCUGUAUUAAAAAGUACAUUUAUCUGUCCACAAAAUGAAUGAAAUGUACGAAAAGCUGUGCGCAGCCGACCUCUGGCGGAUAUCUCGACAAGGCAAGGAGACGACAUUUGACGUGUCUGAGGCGUGGCUGCAAAAAGCAACAGGCCAAGUGACAAUCGAACAAUUUCAGGUGGACGCAUCGACAUUUAGCAGUUGGCUCGAAAAUGAACACAGAAAUAUUGGUGCUGAAAACGAGUCAUAUCUGCUCCAACGCCUGGUUUGGCUAGAUGUUGAUGCCGAGAAGCGCAGCAUCAAGCUUACGAGUAGCAUAUACGAUCAACUCAUUACAUACUUCGGCCUGAACCUCGCCAACAAGUUCUUUACAUCAUACAUUACUGGCCUUUCAUCUGUCCCGGCAGACUGCCCUGAGACGCAAUCGGCAUUUACCCUCAGUUACGCGCCCAAGUUCGCUGCGCUCUGGUGCGAGCAGCGUUUUGGACCCGACGAGAGACCGCCCGUGACCAGAACUGUCAUGUUUGUACCGGAUGCCGAGAAAGAGGCCGCUAGAAAGUUUCUGAAAUCGACGUGGGAUCCUUGCAUGUACUAUAACUACCUGUUCCCAUUGUUUCUUUGGGCAAUACAGUUUGAGUUCCAAAUCGAUCAGACCCAAGCCACGAUAAGGGAGGGAAUCAAACAGUUGGAAGGGAGAACGGGAUAUCAUACCUUUGCGAAUCGAGAAAAAGACGCUGCUGUUGGCGAACUAGGGCCUCUGGCGGCCCGUGCAAGCGGAUACGCAACCAAGCUGGCCAGCGUGGACCGCAAAACAAAAGUGGUCGAAAACAUCAUUGCAUUUUUACAAGAGCAAGCUGAGAAGACUGACUGGACACUGUCAAAAAACGAUGGAGGCUGGGUUGCUCUUAUUCAGCAUAGUUUCAAGCUCCUCAAACAUCAUAUUGGGGUUCUGGGCAAGCGCUCAAAAAUGCAAGCGCUGGAUUCACAGUAUACUCAAACAAGAGUACAAAUUCAGAUACAAGCACUGUCUAGUCUUAUCACACAGAAUGACAGCCUCACCAGCAUUCACCAGGCUCGACUCACACAAGCUCUCGCUGAGGCUAGCUAUCGCGACUCUUCUUCAAUGAAGACGCUAGCCAUUGUCACAAUGUUUUUCUUGCCAGGGAGCUUUAUAUCUGCAAUAUUUUCUAUGCCUAUGUUUGAAUGGGAUCAGGUCGACAAGGCCUCAAGCUCGAUCGGAGUUGGCCUGCUGCCACAAUUCAACUUAUACUGGGCCAUUACUGUACCACUAACCGUCGCAACAUUUGCCCUUUACUUCUCAUGGCUACUGUUUCUAAAGAGAGAGGCCAAGAAUAAAACAUCGGCAGCCGAAGGAAAUGACUCGUCAGCACCAGAGAAGGGCUUGGUGUCUGUUGAAUCAACUCGUUUGGCCCAAUGGCGACACCGAGAAACCUCUCUUUAAGGCGUACUGAGAAGUAUGCAUAAGGUUAAAUCCAGACUUUGGGCCUAGUACAUGUAUAUAAAUCAUAAAUAAAACAAGCGAAAUCAAUUUCCAAAUUUCCAAUAUUU